GGGUUUUGUUAGUAGCCACGAAAUGGCGCGAAAAGAAAGGGAAGAAGAAGAGAGUGCCGAAGUUGAAGGGCAGAGUGAAGAAUGUCCCUUCACGCCACGGAGCAACUGCAUCUCCAUUCACGUUCAUUUUUCUCAAAAAAUUAUCAAAAAUGGCGUUUCGAUUUCAACACUUCAACAACAACCACCGAUCACAUUCGUAACCGUCACCGAUUAUCUUCUCCACUCUUCAAUUCAUGAACCCACUCUCUCGCACACACCUUUCAUCUUAAACCUCUACAAUGGGGGAUCCAGUGAAUAUCAUUGUGGGUUCUCAUGUCUGGGUGGCAGACCCAGAGGAAGCUUGGGUUGACGGACAGGUAUCAAAAAUCAAUGAAAAGGAUGCUGAAAUUGUAACUACCCAUGGAAAAAAGGUUGUUGCAAAGUUAUCAAAAAUAUAUCCUAAGGAUAUGGAAGCUCUUCCUGGUGGAGUGGAUGAUAUGACUAAAUUGUCCUAUUUGCAUGAGCCUGGAGUUCUGCAGAACUUAAAAGUUAGAUAUGAAUUGAAUAAAAUAUAUACAUAUACCGGAAAUAUCCUGAUUGCCAUAAAUCCAUUCCAAAGGCUGCCUCAUAUUUAUGGUACACACAUGAUGCAACAAUACAAGGAAGCGCCACCUGGAGAAUUAAGCCCUCAUGUAUUUGCAGUAGCUGAUGUUGCAUAUAGAGCAAUGGUUAAUGAAGGGAAAAGCAAUUCUAUUCUGGUCAGUGGGGAAAGUGGAGCUGGUAAAACUGAAACUACAAAAAUGCUUAUGCAAUUCCUAGCUUUCUUAGGUGGUAGAUCUGCGACUGAAGGAAGAACAGUUGAACAACAAGUUCUUGAAUCAAAUCCAGUUCUGGAAGCAUUUGGCAAUGCUAAAACUGCCAGGAAUAACAAUUCCAGUCGUUUUGGUAAAUUUGUUGAGAUCCAAUUUGACGAGAGUGGAAGAAUCUCAGGAGCAGCCAUCCGAACAUACCUUCUAGAGAGAUCUCGGGUCUGUCAAGUUAAUGAUCCUGAAAGAAACUACCACUGCUUUUAUCUCCUUUGUGCCGCACCACAGGAGGAAAUUGAGAAAUACAAAUUAGGAAAUCCUAAAUCAUUUCACUACCUUAACCAGUCACAAUGCUAUGAACUUGCCGAUGUAAAUGAUGCUCAUGAGUAUCUUGCCACCCGCAAAGCUAUGGGUAUUGUUGGAAUUAAUCAAAAAGAUCAGGAAGCCAUUUUCAGAGUUGUUGCUGCAAUUCUUCAUAUUGGUAAUAUUGAUUUUGCCAUAGGAAAGGAAAUUGACUCGUCAAUUCCAAAAGAUGACAAAGCCAAAUUCCACCUGAAAACAGCUGCUGAGCUUCUGAUGUGUGAUGCUGAUGCCUUGGAAGAUGCAUUAUGUAAGCGUGUCAUGAUCACUCCUGAAGAAGUUAUAAAACGGAGCCUCGACCCAGGAUGUGCAACAGUCAGUAGAGAUGGACUGGCAAAGACAAUUUAUGCUCGGCUGUUUGAUUGGCUGGUAGACAAGAUUAAUAAUUCAAUUGGACAAGACCCCAAUUCUAAAUUUUUGAUUGGGGUCCUUGAUAUCUAUGGUUUUGAAAGCUUUAAAUUGAACAGUUUUGAGCAGUUCUGCAUUAACUUCACAAAUGAAAAGUUGCAGCAACAUUUCAAUCAGAACUUGUUCAAAGUGGAACAAGAAGAAUACACAAAGGAGCAGAUCAAUUGGAGCUACAUUGAAUUUGUGGACAACCAAGAUGUUUUGGACCUUAUUGAAAAGAAACCAGGAGGAAUCAUUGCUCUCCUCGAUGAAGCUUGCAUGUUUCCAAAGUCAACACAUGAAACAUUUGCAAACAAGCUUUAUCAAACAUUUAUGAAAAACAAGCGCUUUAUUAAGCCAAAAUUGUCUCAAACGGAUUUCACCAUUGCUCAUUAUGCUGGAGAGGUGACUUACCAAUCUGACCAAUUUUUAGACAAAAAUAAGGAUUAUGUGGUUCCUGAACAUCAAGAUUUAUUGAUUGCUUCCAAAUGUCCUUUUGUAUCUGACCUUUUUCCACCACUUCCAGAAGAGACAUCAAAAUCUUCCAAAUUUUCUUCAUUAGGUUCUCGUUUUAAGAUACAACUACAGCAACUAAUGGAAACAUUAAGUUCUACGGAACCCCAUUACAUUAGAUGUGUGAAACCAAACAACCUCCUCAAGCCUGCAAUUUUCGAGAAUGUCAACAUUAUGCAUCAACUUCGUUGUGGUGGUGUGUUGGAGGCUAUCAGAAUCAGUUGUGCUGGCUACCCUACACGCCGCCCUUUCUUUGAAUUUGCCAACAGAUUUGGUGUCCUUGCCCCAGAGGCCAUGGAAGCAAACAGCUGCAAUGAAAAGAAUGCUUGCCAAAAGAUUCUGGAAAAGAUGGGUCUUAAAGGAUAUCAGAUUGGAACAACAAAGGUAUUCUUGAGAGCUGGUCAGAUAGCUGAACUAGAUGCUCGGAGAGCUCAAUUACUUAGUAAUGCAGCAAAAGUUAUACAACGUCGUGUACGGACCCAUCAAGCUCGGAAACAUUAUCUUGCAUUGCGAACGAAGACCAUAUAUGCGCAGUCAUGGUGGAGAGGAAGACUUGCAUUCAAACAAUAUGUGAAAUUAAUAAAGGAGGUCUCUGCUGUGAAAAUUCAAAAGAACAUACGCAGAUAUGAAGCUAGGAAGGCUUAUAAAGAACUUCAUAUGUCAGUACUUACUUUGCAAACAGCGUUACGGGCCAUUGCUGCUCGCAAGGAGUUCAGAUUUGAGAAACAGACCAAAGCUUCCAUCAUUAUUCAGGCUCGGUGGCGGUGCCAUAUAGCUUCCUUACAUUAUAAGAGGCUUAAAAAAGGUUCAAUAGUGACACAAUGUAGAUGGAGGGGGCGUUUAGCUAGGAGAGAUCUUAGGAAACUGAAAAUGGCUGCAAGAGAUACUGACGCACUUCAAGAUGCAAAGAGUAAGCUUGAAAAACAAGUAGAGGAACUUACUCAGCAACUCCAACUGGAAAAAGAUUUAAGGGCUGCAAGAGAUACCGACGCACUUCAAGAUGCAAAGAGUAAGCUUGAAAAACAAGUAGAGGAACUUACUCAGCAACUCCAACUGGAAAAAGAUUUAAGGGCUGCAAUAGAUACUGGCGCACUUCAAGAUGCAAAGAGUAAGCUUGAAAAACAAGUAGAGGAACUUACUCAGCGUCUCCAACUGGAAAAAGAUUUAAGGGCUGCAAGAGAUACUGGCGCACUUCAAGAAGCAAAGAGUAAGCUUGAAAAACAAGUAGAGGAACUUACUUGGCGUCUCCAACUGGAAAAAGGUUUAAGGAUCAAUCUACAAGAAUUCAAAGCACAGGAGGUAGCAAAACUGCAGAAUUCAUUGCAGGAGAUGAAGAGAAAAGUUGAUGAAACAAAUGCUCUGCUCCUCAAGGAGCGAGAGAAUGCAAUAAAAGCUGCUAUUGAAGUAGCACCUCCUGUCACUAAUGAAGCGAAGGUUCUUGUUGAAGAUGGAGAGACGAUUAAGACACUGAAAAUGGAAAUUGAGAUCCUAAAGACUUCACUCAAGUUAGAGAAACAGAAAGCCAAAGACUUUGAAAGAAAAUAUAAUCAAGCUAAAAUUUCUAGUGAAGAAAGAGGUAAAAGGUUAGAAGACACGGAGAAGAAGCUUCGUCAGCUCCAAGAAUCAAUGACCAGGUUUACUACUCAGAAGACUUUAUAGCUAAUUUCAAAAGUCAUCAUCAGAAGUGACGUCAAUCCCACACUUAAUUUGCUCGGAUGGUUGAACCGAAUCUCACAAUUCUAUUAUUAGGCUGGAAGGGAAGAUAACUAAUUUAGAAUCAGAGAAUCGGGUUCUGCGUCAACAAGCUGCGUCCAUGGCACCUAAUAAGUUCCCUUCAUGACUCUCCAGAUCAAUUUUUCAGAGACUAGAGAGCUGCUGAAAGUGGACAUAUUGCUGUGGAUGCAAAUACAUCUUUGAUUAACCAGGAACUGCAUAGCACAUCAAUGAACCAGAGAGAAUCCUCUGAAAUGGAGGAUAAACCACAAAUGUCGCCCAAUGAGAAACAACAAAUGAAUCAAGAGUUAUUCAUUAGAUGUAUUGCGCCACCUCUAGGUUUUUCUGGGAACAAACUAAUUGCUGCUUGUAUUGUAUAUGUCUCUUGCAUUGGAGAUCAUUUGAAGUUGAGGGUACAAGUACCAGUGCUUACAAUUGUAUCAUCCAAACUAGUGGCCAUGCAAUUGAGGUACUCCAGAACAUCCUAAAAGCAGACAGUUAUGGUGGAAUGGCUCCACAACGGCAUCGCUCUUCAUCAACAACCUUGUUUGGGAGGAUGACUCAAGCAAACAAAGCUUCUGAUUUUAAUAGAUUUAUCCCCAUUGAAAAGCUUUCAUUUUUCAGAUAAUGCGAAAUAACAAAACUAGAAAUGAGAUCUGAAUAAAAUUCUUUUCAGAUAUGGAAUUCUUUGUGAUAACAUGAUACAAGGCUACAGAAAUGGAAACAAGAUCACUCUUGGUUAUGUAUGGAAUAAUUUCCAGUCUAAAUCAGGCAUAAUGUUCUGGACCAAAUCAUUCAGUUUAAGGGAUUCCAAUGAUGAUACUCCUAAUUAAUUUACACACCGUAUUAAGAAUAUAUAUUUACAGCUUGACAAUAAGCUGAGUCCAUUUCUGUUCCAGAGUUAUCGUGGAACUCUAGCUGGAGUCAAUCUUUCCCUGAUCAAUGAGAGCACAAACAUGGGAGUAGAUACGUUAAGACAAGUUGAAGCCAUGUCCCUGCCCUGCUUUUCACACAGCAGCUUACAACAUAUUUAGAAAAGAUAUAUGGAAUUCUUUGUGAUAACUUGAAGAAUGAAAUUUCUCCCUUACUUGGAUUGUGCAUCCAGUAGAGAACAGCAAUAUGGCAGCAAUAUGGUAGUGUUGCACAUUUAGUAAUGGAGAAUUUAGUGCUGCUCAUUUAGUAAUGGAGAAUUUGUUAAAGCUGGUAUUGGUGUUAUGAGGCAACAGUACACAGGCUCGGAUCGGGACGAGCUCAAACAUACAAGACAAGCUAUUGGAUUUCUGCAUUCCGUUCUCUAUCGAUGACAUGUCAAAAUCAAGGGAGCAGAUAAAUAUCUCAGAUAUAAACUCCGCCAAUAAUACGUGAAAACUCUGGCUUUAGCUUUUUGUUGCCCUGCCCAGAUUGACAGUUUUCGUUGUCGAAUUGACUGCCCCGUAAUGUUAUGCAUCUCCAUGGAGAUAUCAAGUCACAUUCAUUUAGAUCAGAUGCUAUCAUGGAACGCUGAAUUGUUGAGUUUGGUUGUGUCAGAAACCAGUCAUAGUAUUCAACAUGCUAAAUUUACCUAGUACUAGUUUCAAAAAUGGAUGACACAACACACAUCACUCCGAUGUGCAACUUACAGUGCUUACUAUACAAAGGCCUUUUAUAUCUUUUGUUUACUCAUAAUACGAUUUUGUAUAUAGAGGAAUAGGAAUUUCACAUGAUUAUUACAGUGAGGAAUGGAGUCAAUAAAUACUAUUUGUAAAUCAAUCAGAAUCAUCCACCUCAACGAAUGUACCGGUACAUAUCCACGUAAUAUGUGUACCGAAGAAUUCACCUAAUAAUAUAUAAUAUUCCCGACAAA